CUCCCUCCUUUACCGUCUAACAAGACUAAAGAAACCAACAAAGAACGCCAAUUCACCAACGGCCUUUGCCUCAGCACCAUUCCACUGCUUGUUUUCUUGUGGCAAAAAUCCCUCUUCCCACAAUCCUCCCGGCGCCAAAGAAACCGCUACUUGACAAAUCUUUAUUAGUAGUAUUAUUAGGGAGAUUUUUGGUUAGAAUUCCACAUUUAUCCUGAUAAUAUCAGGAUUUUGGAUUUUUCCCCCCAAAACCCCAGUACUAUUUUUUUUUUGUUAUAUUCUUCAUCUCGUUGAGUCCUAUAACUGCAAAAUUAUAUAGUUUUCUUCAAAACCCACGAUUUUCUUGUUUGGGUUUCAUCUGGGCCGCCAUUAAAAUUUGGGAUUUUUUCCAGUUGAUUUUUGGUCUUUUUUUACCUUGGCUUGCUGAAUAACAGACCUUGCUGAUUUCUCUCGUGGGGUUGGGUCUGAUUCUGGAUUUUUGGCGGGGCUUUGUUUUUACCGUGUAAAAUAUGAUCCGGAUGUGGAUUUUUGUUGAGACCUAGAAUCUUGUUGCUUGUGUUUUUAAUUUGGAGUUUGGUUGAUUUUGGAGCCAUUUAUUGGAUGAUUAGUGCAAAUGGUGAAUAAUAAUCAAGAAGAUGGAGAGAGGAACCAUUCAGCCCUGUCUAGAGGUGGGAAUGGGGGAGGGGGUGGAGCCACCAGAUCAUGGGGCACCACAGUUUCUGGCCAGUCUGUCUCGACAAGUGGCAGUGUAGGAUCCCCCUCUAGCAGGAGUGAGGCGGCAAUGGCUACUCCGGCCAGUGAGGGCACUUUCCUUAAGUUAAACAACCUUGAUAUUCAAGGUGAUGAUGCUGGAUCUCAGGGGACGGCUGGUAACAGGAAGAAGAAAAGAGGUCAACGUGCAGUUGGAGGGGAUAAGUCUGGUAGAGGGCUUCGACAGUUUAGCAUGAAAGUUUGUGAGAAAGUAGAAAGCAAAGGGAGAACUACUUACAAUGAGGUUGCAGAUGAACUAGUGGCUGAAUUUGCAGAUCCCAACAAUACUAUUUCAUCUCCAGACCAGCAACAAUAUGAUGAAAAAAAUAUACGACGAAGAGUGUACGAUGCUCUGAAUGUCCUUAUGGCAAUGGAUAUAAUUUCAAAAGAUAAAAAGGAAAUACAGUGGAAGGGUCUACCACGUACUAGUUUGAAUGAUAUUGAAGAGCUAAAGAAUGAGCGACUUGGAUUAAGGAACAGGAUUGAGAAGAAAGCAGCCUAUUUGGAAGAACUGGAGGAACAAUACGUAGGUCUUCAGAAUCUCAUACAACGCAACGAACAAUUGUAUGGGUCAGGAAAUGCUCCCAGUGGUGGUGUCGCGUUACCUUUUAUACUGGUCCAGACUCGUCCUCAUGCCACAGUUGAGGUGGAAAUAUCAGAAGAUAUGCAGCUGGUGCAUUUUGAUUUCAAUAGCACUCCUUUUGAGCUACAUGAUGAUAAUUAUGUUCUCAAAGCAAUGAAAUUUUGUGAGAGGCCACAGAGUGACAAUGUGCCACAAAAUGUUUCUGCUGAUGGAGGUGAAAGUUCCAUGGCCAAUGUGUUCCAGCCUCAAGUCCAUCAACCUUCGAUACCAAGCAUACCAGCUAGGCCUCCCACCUCUCCUCCCCUUCCUGGAAUACUCAAGGCGCGUGUCAAACAUGAGCAUUAGUUGGCACUUUCAGCACUGCCAUGUCUCUUCACAUCUGUAUAUUGUGUAGCAUAUUUAGGCAGAACUGGGUGGGCUUUUUGUGUCCUACAUAACCUCCUACUGUUUUGGCUCCACAAAAUGAAGAGAAGUAGCAAACUGUUGUUUCUUAUUAUAAUUAACUGUUCAAGGUUGUAGCUGUGGAAUCAGGCAUAGGCAUUUGUAAUUGUUUCGUGGUACUUUAUAGUUUAUUUGGCAUCUAGCGUAAUAGGAAAUCAAAUCAAUGCUGGAUCGUUUAUAGUUUAUUUUUUUGAGGUGCAGAAGAAUUAUUGAAUCAACUUUUGAAGUUUGGCCGUCCA